UAAAACAUACGGCAAUGUGCUGGUGCUUGACGGGGUCAUUCAGUGCACGGAGAGAGAUGAGUUCUCCUACCAGGAAAUGUUGGCUCACCUGCCCCUCUCCUGCCAUCGCAACCCCAAGAAGGUGUUGAUCAUCGGUGGGGGGGAUGGAGGCGUGGCCCGCGAGGUUCUCAAACACAGCUCUGUGGAGGAGGUGCACAUGUGUGAGAUUGACGAGAUGGUGAUCGAGGUGAGCAAGAAGUACCUUCCCAACAUGGCAUGCAGUUUCGCCGACCCCAAGCUGAAGCUGCACAUCAUGGACGGCUUUGAGUUCAUGGGUCAGCACAAGGGAGAGUUUGACGUCAUCAUCACAGACUCCAGCGACCCCAUCGGCCCGGCCUCCUCCCUGUUCCAGAAGCAGUACUACGAGCUGAUGAAGAAGGCGUUGAAGCCUGGAGGUCUAGUCUGUAGUCAAGGAGAGUGUAUGUGGGUCCAUCUAGAGCUGAUAAAAGGCAUGUUGGAAUUCUGCGAGACCCUGUACCCGUCCGUGUCAUACGCCUACACAGCCAUACCCACGUAUCCGUGCGGGCAGAUCGGAUUUGUUAUAUGUAGUGUGGACACUGACAUGGACUUUGAGAACCCCGUGCGUGCGCUGACCAGCGACCAGGUGACGGAGUUCAACCUGAGGUACUACAACUCUGACAUCCACAAGUCGGCCUUCAAACUGCCGCAGUUUGCCCACAAGGCGUUACGAGAAGGAAUUUCCAGUAAGUAAAAGACUCUUGUGUGCUAUCCCGGACCAACUUCUUAGGCCAUGUAGAUCAUCGUUGUCGUGUGUGCACAGAGCGUCGCAGAGAGUCACGGAGCAUCGCAGAGAGUCACGGAGCGUCUAUUUGUGUCUGCGGGGAAACUGGAGACGGACCUGUGGCCUUGUCGAUGUUGUCGUGGGAACGCGUUUUGUUUUUUUAUGUCUGUUUUUUUUUUUUUUGAAAUGAUUUUAAUGCAGAUAUGUAGGAAAGUGUUUUCUGUGAAAAUGCUUCUGCCCUCUUUUUUUUUUACUCUGGGGAUAUUGCAGGUGUCACAGGGAAGGAACGCUGUGGAGGGGGAGGGAUAUCUGUACGCAGAAUAUUGGCAACCUCAUGGGUUUUUCUACAAGUCACUUUGCUUGCGCAUUUGGAAAAUGUUUAUUUCUUUGAGGCAUUUAUGUAACGUCACAGACCUGCUAAGUGACCCCAUAACACCCCCCUCCUUCCCCCCCCCCCCCCCCCCAAGAAAAAAGAAAAAGAAAUAAGAUUUUUCCUUGUAUUUUUGUUUGUUGAAGGACCCCUAAUAGAUUGGAAAAUGUUGAGUUUUGAGUUGUUUCAUUGUUUUCCUGUCAUCAAGGGGUUGGCAAAGAAUCGUUCCUGGUGGGCGUCUGAGCCAAGCUGUGUCAGAACGGCCAGUAAGUCUCUCUUCUCCUGCUCCCUCCUAAGCAGCACUCUCAUUGUCAUAAAGGUACUGGAGUGCACAAAGAUAUCGUCAUCAUUACCAUUGUUUCAUGUGCUAGGUUAAUUAUUGAAGGUGACAUUUGUGAGAAACAUCCCACUUUGUGACUCAGCGAUCACAUUGUCAAGCUAUCAAUAACAAAGAUGGUUGAUGUUUGCGUCUGUUGCAUCAAGGUGCUGUUUGGGAGCAUAGUUUCUGGGGGGUUUUUGGGGGGUUGUUUCUUUGGGUUGUAUGUGUCUAAAAGCUUUUGUUGUCUUGUCAUGGUUCUGUAGGGGCUGAGAGCACUGAGGUUCUGUAGGGGCUGAGAGCUCUGAGGUUCUGUUGGGGCUGAGAGCACUGAGGUUCUGCAGGGGCUGAGAGCUCUGAGGUUCUGUAGGGGCUGUGAGCUCUGAGGUUCUGUAGGGGCUGAGAGCUCUGAGGUUCUGUAGGGGCUGAGAGCUCUGAGGUUCUGUAGGGGCUGAGAGCUCUGAGGUUCUAUAGGGGCUGAGAGCACUGAGGUUCUGUAGGGGCUGAGAGCUCUGAAGUUCUGUAGGGGCUGAGAGCUCUGAGGUUCUGUAGGGGCUGAGAGCUCUGAGGUUCUGUAAGUAAGAGCUGAGAGCACUGAGGUUCUGUAAGUAAGAGCUGAGAGCACUGAGGUUCUGUAGGGGCUGAGAGCACUGAGGUUCUCUCCUCACGAUAUUGGCAGGGACAAAACGAAAUAACGAGAGAGACUCGAGAUUCAAGGGCCUCUUUUAAUUUAAACUUAUUUGUCUCUCGUGUGCCAUUGACUGUUUCUUUUUUUUUUUUUUUUUCUUUUUUCAAUUUCCAAUAUAAAAUGAAUUUCUUUUAAGGGCAUCAGCUUUAAUUUGAUGCACAAGUUUUGAUGGUAUCUUAUUAAAUACUUGUAUCAGUUAUUUAUUAUUUUUUAACAGGACAUAUUAUGGGUGGUAUCAGGCACCGGUCAAAUCUGGGAUUAUCAUUCAAAAGUUACUGAGGCCUGUAGUACUGGAGCGUAUUGUUUUACGUUAUUUGUGGAGAUAAUUACAGUUCCCCCCCCCCCCCCCCCACACACACACACACACACAGGGAAUGAAUGUAACAGAGGAACUCUCAAAUACCGGCCAAUGAUACGUACCAGUAAAGAGACAAAAAUCAAACAAAUUUUUCUUCUUCUGUUUCCUGCACUGGUGUAUACCAAACUUUUCUCUAGAGUCCGCUUUGCGACCUGAGCUACCACUACGUUGAGUUUCACUUUACAUACCCUGUAUUAGAGAACUGUUUGCAAGAAAGUAUGUGAGCCACUCUUACACGUGGGUACCUACAUUUGAUGUUGACGUUCAGUGGGAUCAAGUGAAAUAUGGAGUCAACGAAAAACGUCCAGGCAAAUUCAUUCUACGUAGGUUCUGCUCACUGACAGGUGCACAGACAUUUCCAAACAGCUCUGUAUUUCCUCACAGAAACGUCCCACGUGCUCAUAACUCAUGUGACUUUAUGCAGUUCUGAGUUCUGGGGGCCGUGCUAAAACUUUGACCGGACUGAAACAGAUUUGGGACGACUGACACAGCGGAGCGCUGGUCUCAUUUCCGUCCGGUCGUCGUGGUUUUGUUCGUGCAGGCGUUGUCAAAGACUUGCCGAGAUGACGUUAGGUACAAAUCCCUAUCCUCAUCUCCGUAAAAAAAAUUUCUCUUUAUGUAAAAUGUUGUUUCUGUAAUGUUGAACAACUACGCUUAUCGUUUAUGACAGGAAAUUGAAUGUUUUUGCAUCCAGUGGAUAACCAUAUCCAGCCGUACAACAUUUGAGCAUUUUCUCCAUUUGCUGUUUUGUUUUCAAACAGUUUGAUCGAGUGAUUGCUCAUCUGUUCAGGACAGGGGUUGUUUUUUUCUUCCUUUUGUAAGAGGCCCAAAGAGAUGUGCAGCCAAUUAUCCCCACGUUAUUUUCCUUGUGGAUCAGGAAAGAGGGCACUAAUGAACCUUCCGUCUCAUGAAAUUAGGUCACGUAAGGACCUAUCAUUUUUGACAUGUCAUCUUUGUGUUGGAUUGUCAUCUUCUGUUGUAGUAAUAAAACGGAAAACAUGUUUAGCAGGAAACGGU